GUUUCUCCGCUACCCUCCGCUCCAACUACACUAGCUCGCAUAUCCCAUUUCUCUCCUUUUUUUCUCUUUUUCUUUUUUUUAUCCUUUUCUGGCCCUUCUAAUAAUAAAAUAGAAAAUAAUGAAAUUUUGAGGGAAAAUAAAUCCAUCCCAUUCAUCGCCCUAUUUAUAGAUCUUUAUUUAUUUUUCUUCUUUCUUAUUUACAGCUAGCCAGAAGUGGAGGCCGCCAAACCUAUAGAUUUUCUCUCAUUUAUUUCGCUUCCCUCGUUCUCGCUCGCUCGCGCGCUCUCUCUCUCUCUCUCUAUCUCUCUCUAUCUCUCUAUGGCUGCAAAGAAAAAGAAUUGAAGAAAAGAAUCAAGAAAAGAGUUAAAAGAAAUUCCCUUUCAAUUCGGCAUAAAUCCACUACCAUUUCGAUCGAGGCGCUGUUUGAUCGAGACGGCGAGGAAUGAUGUCAGGGUCGUACACGAAUCUCCUGGAUCUGGCGUCCGGGAACUUCCCGGCGCUGAGCGUCGGCAGUAGGCGGAAGCAGAUGCCCAGGAUGAUCAGGACGGCGCCGUGGCCCCGCUCCGAGCUGGAUGACGAGGAGUCCGCCGGCAGCGGCUCCUCCGACGCGGCCUCCUCUCUUGCCCAGGACCGUAUCAUCAUCGUGGCGAACCAGUUGCCCGUCCGGGCCUAUCGGCGGCCGGACGGGUGCGGGUGGAGCUUCUCGUUGGACGAGGACUCGCUCCUCCUCCAGCUCAAGGACGGGUUUCCGGAGGAUAUGGAGGUUUACUACGUCGGCUCCCUCCGCGUCGACGUGGAGGGCGACGAGCAGGACGACGUCGCCCAGGCCCUCCUCGAGCGCUUCAAGUGCGUCCCCACCUUCCUUCCUCCCGACCUGCUCGAGAAGUUCUACCACGGCUUCUGCAAGCGGCAGCUGUGGCCGCUCUUCCAUUACAUGCUCCCCUUGUCUGCGGACCACGGCGGCCGCUUCGACCGAUCCCUCUGGAAGUCCUAUGUUGCUGCCAACAAGCUAUUCUCAGAGAAGGUGAUGGAGGUUUUGAACCCGGAGGAUGAUUAUAUAUGGAUUCAUGACUAUCAUCUGAUGGUGGUGCCGACUUUCCUCCGGCGAAAGUUUAAUCGGCUGAGAAUGGGGUUCUUCUUGCACAGCCCAUUCCCAUCGUCGGAGAUCUACCGGAUGCUCCCCGUCCGGGAGGAAAUUCUCAGGUCGCUGCUCAACUGCGACCUCAUCGGCUUCCACACCUUCGACUACGCCCGCCACUUCCUCUCCUGCUGCGGCCGAAUGCUGGGUCUCGAGUACCAGUCGAAGCGCGGGUAUCUCGCGCUUGAUUACUUCGGCCGCACUGUUGGGAUCAAGAUCAUGCCGGUCGGUGUUCACAUGGGCCAGCUACAGUCCGUGCUCCAGCUUCCCGAUAAGGAUUGGAGGGUAAACGGGCUCCGCCAGCAAUUUGAGGGAAAGACGGUGCUGCUCGGCGUCGAUGACAUGGACAUUUUCAAGGGGAUCAACCUCAAGCUGCUUGCAUUCGAGAACAUGCUCCGGCUGCAUCCCAAAUGGCAGGGAAGGGCGGUUCUGGUCCAGAUUGCUAACCCCGCCAGGGGAAGAGGACGGGACCUUGAGGAGAUCCGGGCUGAGAUACAGGAGAGCUGCUCGCGGAUCAAUGAGGAGUUUGGGGAUGCCGAGUACAGACCGGUCGUGUUCGUUGACCGCCUUGUGCCCCUUGUCGAGAGGGUCGCCUUCUACACUAUCGCGGAGUGUGUUGUGGUCACUGCAGUGAGAGAUGGGAUGAAUCUAACUCCCUACGAGUACAUUGUCUGCAGGCAGGGGAUUGCUGGCUCUGAACCCGGUUCGGAAGCCGACGGCCCUAGAACGAGCAUGCUGGUAGUCUCGGAGUUCAUUGGAUGCUCCCCAUCAUUGAGCGGCGCGAUCCGGGUCAACCCAUGGGACAUAGAUUCGACAGCAGAGGCGAUGGUUGAGGCAAUCUCUCUUUCUGGUGCAGACAAGCGGCUGCGGCAUGAGAAGCACUACAGGUAUGUUAGGACUCAUGAUGUGGCCUAUUGGUCGAGGAGCUUCUUGCAGGACAUGGAGAGGACCUGCAAGGACCAUUCCAAUAAGAGAUAUUGGGGGAUGGGCUUCGGAUUUGGAUUCAGAGUGAUGGCCGUGGAUCCUAAUUUCAGGAAGCUUGAUGUGGAUGCCAUUGUUAUGGCCUAUGUGGUGGCGAAGAAUAGGGUUAUAUUGCUGGACUACGAUGGGACGGUGGUGCCUCAGACAUCAAUUAACAAAACCCCAAGUGCCGAAGUUAUCAGGAUCAUAAAUUCUCUCUGCGCUGAUAAGAAGAACAAAGUUUUCAUUGUCAGCGGGAGGGAGAGGGAUAGUCUAGGGAAGUGGUUCUCACCAUGUGAGAAGCUUGGGAUUGCUGCAGAACAUGGCUACUUCAUGAGGUGGACUCCAGAUCAGGAAUGGGAAAUCUGUUGUCAGAUUUCCGACUUUGGAUGGAUGCACGUAGCGCGGCCAGUGAUGGAGCUCUAUACUGAAUCCACUGAUGGAUCCAGCAUCGAAGCGAAAGAAAGUGCUUUGGUUUGGCACCACCAAGAUGCUGAUCUGGGCUUCGGAUCGGCUCAGGCAAAGGAAAUGCUCGGCCAUCUCGAGAGUGUGCUUGCAAAUGAGCCAGUCUCGGUGAAAAGCGGCCAAUUCAUUGUUGAAGUGAAACCUCAGGGAGUUAGCAAGGGCUCGGUGGCAGAGAAGGUCCUGUCAUCAAUGGUCGAGAAUGGGAGGCGGGCAGACUUUGUGUUGUGCGUUGGCGAUGACAGGUCGGAUGAGGACAUGUUUGAAGGCAUUGAUGGUGCAAUGACAAGGAACCUGGUUUCCCCAAGCACAUCACUGUUUGCUUGCACGGUCGGGCAGAAGCCAAGCAGAGCCAAAUAUUAUGUGGACGACACUGUUGACGUCAUAAACAUGCUCGGGGCACUCGCAGAAGCCUCUCAGUCCUCCUCCCCCUCCACCGAGUGGAGAACCAAGCAGCCCUCCCCAUCAUCUACAGAUACGACAGAUGAUACAUCCAAUUGAGGACACGUUCCCGCUCCGCUUCCUCGAUUUUUUUUUUUCUUCCUCCUCAACCAAAUUCCAGGUACAAGUAAAAUUUUUUUGAUGGUUCUCGGAGCUGGAGGUAUGAAGCAAUCGUUGCUCGGAGCAAUUGAGAUGCAGCAGAUUGCAUUUGGUCAGGCUUCUUAGGAGGUAGCUUAUGCAAGUAACCAUGUUCAUAAACCGACUCAUAGUUUUUUUUUUUUUCCCCGAACGGUGAGGCGCCUGGAGCAAUUUUCAGGCUUGAGUCAGCUACUACUAGGAGCUUCCAAGGUCAGUUCUGACGCUUGCUCCACUGGGAACCAAUCUAAGAAGUAGGUGCUACCAAAUCUCGUUUCUUCUGCCAUGGAGGAAGAUCCGGAGUGUCAUCAGAUUAACCGGUUGAAUGCUAACUCCUAACAUACAAUUCAAUCCAUUUUCUUCAUGUACAUAUCUCGCUGUUCUUGGACUGCUGUUAGAAACUGUCAACUUGAGAGGAAAGGAGGGGAGGGAAAGAAAAUAUUUUCCAAGUUAGAUUUACAGUUUCAAUAAUGACAAAUUAGAAAGCUGCUCUGUGCCCUUGUGUUAAA